GUGGCAGACAUGCUGGAGAGGGGAGUUGCUCUCACUGCAGCGCUCACAUACACUCGCACUUAACACUGCUCUCUCUCUCUCACUCUCUCUCUCUUACGCACUUCACUCCCUUACACUUCAUGCGGAAAACUUAAAGAAAAUGAUUGACAGUGACUGGAAUGUGUACAUUACGUCCUUAAUACGUACGUACAUGUACGUGUGUACUUAGUGGAGUGAGAUAUGACUGACUUUGUAAAUAUAUAUUUAAAGACAUUAAAAGUGGGAUGAAAAUAUUUAUCAUUAACUUUAUUUAUUACUUAAUUUCUGGUGUUCGACCACUCUCCUGAUAAUCUUCUCCAUGACUUUGCACACAAUACAUGUCAGAGACACAGAUGAUUGUGUCGUGACCUGAAGGAUGACUGAAGACACUAUGGGUGUGGGCGCGAGUAAGGCAGCCGGUGAGGAAGGCAGACGCCUACUCAUCCUGGUAUUCAUCCUCCUAUCAACAUUCUGCGAGAUAUCCUCGGCCAACUUCCGGGCCCGUGAGAAACAAAUCAUUGAUGAGAUUAUUGGUCCGGCCAACUAUGACAAGCGCAUCCGGCCAGCCGGAGCUAAUGAUACCGGUCCAGCCAUCGUGCACAUCAACCUCAUGAUCCGAAACGUGCAGACAAUCUCUGACGUCAAAAUGGAGUACAGUAUACAAAUCACUUUUAGAGAGCAGUGGAUAGAUCAACGGCUGACUUUUGACAACAUCGGAGGACGCAUCCAGUACCUGACGCUGACAGAGACGGACAUGGUGUGGAUGCCUGACUUGUUCUUCAGGAACGAGAAGGAAGGACACUUCCACAAGAUCAUUCUACCCAACCUUUACAUCCGUAUCUACCCAGAUGGUGGCGUCCUCUAUAGUAUCAGAAUCUCGCUGACGUUGUCAUGUCCGAUGAAUCUGAAGCUGUUCCCACUAGACCGUCAGCAGUGUCAGCUCCUCAUGGCCUCCUACGGGUGGACCACAGAGGACCUGGUGUUCCUCUGGAAGGACGUUGAUCCCGUGCAGGUGACCAAGAACCUUCACCUGCCUCGCUUCACCUUAGAGAAGUUCAUCACUGACUACUGCAACAGCAAGACCAACACUGGUGAAUACAGUUGCCUUCGCGUAGACUUGGUCUUCAAGAGAGAGUUCUCGUACUACCUCAUCCAGUACUACAUCCCCUGCUGUAUGUUGGUGAUCGUGUCUUGGGUGUCCUUCUGGCUCGACCAGAAUGCCGUCCCGGCCAGGGUAUCCCUGGGGGUAACCACGCUCCUGACUAUGUCCACGCAGACCUCCAGUAUAAACAGUACUCUGCCGCCCGUAUCCUACACCAAGGCCAUUGACGUGUGGACCGGUGUAUGCCUCACCUUCGUCUUCGGGGCGCUGCUGGAGUUCGCGCUCGUCAACUACGCCUCGCGCUCCGAUAAACACCGCGAGAAGAUGAAGGAGAAAUUUGACGAGCAAAAGAAGCAGUGGGAAGCAGAGCACGCAGCAGCUCUGCAGACAGCUAUGCAGGCGCAGACAGAAGAUGGUCACACCUUUGCUAUGCCAGCCUCUCCACCCCGUCCACGACGGCUGAUGGACCUUCUUAUUGCGAAGACGAGGCCGCUGGUGUCUCGAAACGGUGGCAUGGGCAGCGAGAACGUACAUCCCUGUGAGAUCCACCUCCAGCCUUCGAGGAUGAGCCGUUGCAGGACGUGGCUGGCCAAGUUUCCAACCCGCAGCAAGCGUAUAGAUGUCAUUUCGCGCAUCACCUUCCCUCUGGUCUUCGCCUUCUUUAACAUGGCAUACUGGAGCACCUAUCUCUUCACCGAAGAUGAAGAGGGAAACCCCAAGUAAACUAAGAGGUUACAAAUCUCUGAUCGAUAAGUGCGUUUGCUGGAGGUCUGCGUCUGCUCUGGCUUGCUGGAACCCUCAUGUGGUUGGAGCCCACGCUAGAACCCCACGCUGGAACCCUCAACGUCUCGCUGGAAGCCCCUCGUCUUGCUGCAGCAGCCCAUGUUUAGCCAGGAGCCAUGUGAACCCCGCACCUGGCUAUCUGAAACCGUGGGUAACUGAAACCGUGUGUGACCAAAACCGUGAAUGACUGAAACCACGUUUGUAUGCUUGGAACCAACACUUAUAAGUCUGAAAUAACCUUAAUUCGACUACGUUUCGCUCUAAGUUAGCACCAUUUCACUCUAAGCAGGCGACAUUAGGAUCCAAGAGUCUAUCCACUACGUAGUUUUAAUAUCGUGGGGUCGAAACGUGCACCAACGUUUCCCCCACACGUGUGGCAAAAAGGAAAUGCACAGAUAAGCGAAUUUAAAAAUAUGUCUUGGUAGCAGUGUGUGUGUGUGUGUGUGUGUGUGUGUGCGUGUGUGUGUGUAUAAUCAAUAGGUAUCAAAGGCGCUUGUCAAUAGACACUUAGCCUGUUUGGAGAGUACUCACCUAUUUGUGGUUGCGGGGGUCGCGUCACAGCACCUGGCCCAGCUUCUUCGCUGGUCGCUACUAGGUCCACUCUCUGUGUGUGUGUAUGUGUGUGUGUGUGUGUGUGUGUAUGAGAGCGUGUGUGAGUGUGCGUGUGCUCACCCAUAUGUGGUUGCAGGGGUCGAGUCACAGCUCCUGUGUGUGUGUUUGUGACGGGUUUAUUGAUGUGUGUGUAUGUGUGUGUGUGUGUGUGUGUGUGUGUGUGUGUGUACCAAACACCAAACUCGCGUGCAAACCUGGGGAAAAACACCACACAAAAUACUAGCGACUACAUCGUGUGGAUAAAUCAUUGUGGACAAACGUUGUUUACCCGUUCUCCCGUGGGUAGAGUUUGGGUAGAGUGUGGGUAGAGUGUGGGUAGAAACUCUAGCGUCCGGAACUUCCACUCUGGGCUUUACAGAACUGAGUGAAGACUAUUAAAAAAAUAUAGGGUGUUUCAAAAUGAUGGGUCCAAUUUCAAAGCAGUAUAUUUCACGAACAGGUCCAUCGUUUUGAAACACACUAUAUAUUAGCAUGUACAUAAACAUUUAUCAAAUAAACCAAGAGAGAGAGAGUCUGCCUAGCAAUGAAUGUCGUGGGUAAAUAGGUAGGUAAGUAGGUAGGUAAGUAGGUAGGUAGGUAGGUAGGUAGCUCUCCUUCCCUCACGCCUAUGUUAGCUGGUCUAGUCCCACACUAAUAUUAACUAUAGAUUAGAAUCUCCCCCCCCGACACUCCCUCUCCUGUCCCCUCACUCCCAUGUAAACUAGGCUAGCACCAGUCACUCCCACACAUUAACUGGAUUAGUAUCAAUCACUCCCAUGUUGACUGGCUUAGUAGUCUUGUUCAGUGUCUCCCAUGCUACCUACCUCAGGCCAAAGACAAUACUGUUUUAUCCCAGGUACAAAGAGAUCCACUCCCACCUGAACAACACGAAAGGACACUCGUUGCACAGCAACCUUUUACUUGGACAACGUUUCGCCCUAAGGCUUAAACAUGUCAAAAUGAAGCUCUACACAGAGCGAAACGUUGCCCCAAUAAAAGCUCUUUUUUUUGGCUCCCUUACAACGUGUCUCUUUUCGCCCGUUUUCUCGUCACUGCGACGUUUCCAUCCUUUUUUAAAGGUACAAUCAGGGUCAACACUUAGAAAAUCUUCAUUUGAUCCAGUUCAGUGACUGAAUUCUUAUAUUUAAGAUAACAGGUGUUUUUCUAGUUGUGCUCAAACCCAUGGAACUUUGUACCGUACAAUAACAUGGAUGUCUCUGCCGUACGAUAACAUGGGCCUGUGUACCGUACGAUAACAUGUACUGUACAAUAACAUGGAUUUCUGUACCGUAUGAUAACAUGGGCCUGUGUACCGUACUAUAACAAGUACCGUACAAUAACAUGGAUAUCUGUACGGUAUAAUCCCAUGGCAAUCUGUACGGUACAAUCCCAUGGAUAUCUGUACGGUACAAUCUCAUGGAUAUCUGUAUUAUACAAUGGAGAUAUUCCAUACGUCUUGCUCAUUAUCUUUUUAACUCUUUUUCAUUAUAUUUUGAGAUAACUGCCAAAAGAAAGUUAGGAAUUAUGUGAGUUAUAAUAACGGUGAUCGCGGGUUAAUUAAGUCUCUCACGUUAAUUGUCUCUCCCCUGAGUCUCUUUCACUUUCUCUUUCUCUCUCUCUCUAGAUCUCAUACCAGGAACAUUUUGUAAGCACUAAACCUUGCUGUCUCUUUCUGUCUGUCUGUCUGUCUGUCUGUCUGUCUGUCUCUCUCUCUCUCUCUCUCUCUCUCUCUCUCUCUCUCUCUCUCUCUCUCUCUCUCUCUCUCUCUCUCUCUCUCUCUCUCUCUCCCUCCCUCCCCAGGGUUGUAAAAUAAUGUUAAAUAUUAAUGUUUAAUGUAUUCCAAAAAAGUAUAAAUCUUUCAAUAAAUUUUGAAUGCUGU